AAUGGCAUCUUGGGGGGGCACGCCUGAAGAGGAUGAGGAGGAGGAGGAAGAAGACGGCGGCGGCGGCGGAGAAGUAGGGUUUGGGGAAGAGGAGAGAAAGAUCAGGAGAGCUUUAAGCGGCGGUCGGUGUGGCGGAGCAGGGAGGUCAACGGUGGCGCGUUGCCAAGCCGACGGCUGUAAUGCCGAUCUGAGCGGCGCCCGGCCGUACCACCGCCGCCACAAGGUCUGUGAGUUCCAUGCCAAGGCGGCGGUCGUCAUUUUGGCCGGAUUGGAGCAGCGCUUUUGCCAGCAGUGUAGCAGGUUUCAUGCGGUUUCAGAGUUCGAUGAGACCAAGAGAAGCUGCCGGAGGCGUUUGGCCGGACACAACGAACGCCGGCGAAAAAGCUUAUCCUCGGAGUUCCAUGGCGGACAAUCCUCCACCUGAUCCACAAAAGACAACCGCCGCCUCCGCCGCCGCCUCGCCGGUUGGUUGGUUUCUGAAGAAGAAGAAGAAGAAGAAAAAAUAUAUUAUAAUUUUCAUAAGAGAUGAAGGAAUCGGAUGAGCUUUAAUUUGAGAAAUUGAUGAAAAUUAAAAUGAAUUAGAUGCUCUCUCUCUCCUGUCAAUUCCUAUGGCUGUCUGCAAACUUUUUUUUUUUUUUUCUCUCUUUUUUUGUAGUGACUAUUAACUUGUGUGUAGGGCAAAGUUUCCAGAUGCUGCUUUCUGCGUAGGUCACAUCAGUUAAAUCUGGGUUUAAAUAGAUUGUCUUUUUGUGGAAGUCGGCUGUGCUUUAAUUUUAGGCUAAAUACAUGUUUUAUUUUUGGA